UGUGAGGUGAUCACUUUAACAUUAGCUUCAUUUUAGUUUCAUGUAGCCUAGCAGAACAAGUCUUUUUGUUUCCCUUUGUAGUUUUUUUUUUUUUGUCUUUUGUUUUUGUAUUUUUAUUGUGUACAGUCAAAUUGUGUAACUGAUUAGGAUCAUACUUUCAUUUAAUUAUUUUUUAAUAGAAUAUUUACUUGUUUUUAAUGGAUUGUACUAGAAAUCAAAUAUUCACGAUUCAAAUAUUUCAUGUGAUUAUUACCAACCAUAAAACACCACAGACUCGUUACUUAGGAUCACACAACCUCACAGUUCCAUCAACCCUAAGCCCAGUGUACAGAGGCUGAGUGAACGUGGUGUGGACUCUGUAGAGGAGCUUCAUGGUAUCAGAGACGCUGAAUAAGGACGCUGAAGAGUUCCUGCACCGUGAUCCCUAAACACACACCAGACACAAGCUCAGCUGAUUUACUUGUUUUUUUUAAACGUUGUUGCACUGUAUGUACUCUGGAGAAGAAUGUGUCUGUAAUCUGGAGCAGCAUUCUUUAUGUAUAGAUAUGAGAGGAAUUUUCAGCCAGAAAGAAUGUGUUUCCAGGAACCUCAAACUGUGACUCAGAGCCUCCAGUCCAUCUCUACCAUCCUUCUACAGAUACGCGAGUUUAACCGGAAGUGGGCGUGGUUUUGAGACCCAGGUGGGCGUUAGGGGCAGGUGAAGGCUUCAGAUUCGGAUUUCGGUCUCUGUCCGUGUGGAGUGAACAUGGAAACACUGAUCAUUUACUGAGCUUUAACACACACAGCUGUAAGAUUCAAUCAUCAGGUCUAGGAGAACAUCCAGGAAAAUAAUCAACACUGGGGUGGAGUGAUGAAGUGGAGUUACUGUUACCACUCUGAAGUACCACUCUGAAGUACCACUCUGAAGUACCACUCUGAAGUACCACUCUGAAGUACCACUCUGAAGUCACAGUUCAUGCAGGAAGCAGCAGAAAUUCAGCAGCCCGUGGUUUGUUUCCGUUCCUCUGAAGAGAUUAUUAUCCAUUCACAAAACACAGGGUGAUUUGUGGUUGUGUGUGUACAUUAACGAUGACGGUGGCUGAGUUCCCUGAAUCGGCGCAGCACGAAGGUGAAAAUCACAGCCAAAUUGAAGUAUUAGUUCCGGACACGUCCACACACCCUCAGACUCUGCCCACAGAACGAACCCCGGCCAUUAAGAAAGAGGGUGGAGCUGCAGACCACUCCACAGACCAUGCCACACCCCAGUCCCGUUUGUCACGAGGUUUUGCACGCUUGCUGCGUAAGAACCAGGACUACAUCCGCAUCAGCAUGGGUGAGCCACGCCCUGAGCACCUGCAUGUUGAGCGUCUACCGGCCGAGUGGUGGAAAACAGGCGUGUCCUUCCUGUGGGCGGGGACUAUGCUCUUCUGCACCACUAUCAUGAUCACAGUGGUGCAUGAGCGUGUUCCAGAGAAGGCGGACAACCCGCCGCUGCCUGAUAAGUUCUUCGAUUAUGUACCGCGUCUGGAGUGGGCGUUUACUGUCACCGAGGUCAACGGUAUUGUCCUGACUCUCGUCUGGACCAUACAGUGGCUCUGUCUCAAACACAAGUCGAUCAUAGGCCGCAGAUUCUUCUUCCUGAUGGGGAUGCUGUAUCUGUAUCGCAUCAUCACCAUGUACAUCACCACGCUGCCUGUCCCCAGCACACACAUGAACUGUGCUCCUAAGUUGUAUGAUGACUCAGUGGGGAAAGUGUAUCGGAUCUUACAGCUUAUCUCAGGAGGAGGUUUGUCCAUCACGGGCUCGCACAUGAUGUGUGGUGAUUUCCUGUACAGCGGUCACACGGUGAUCCUCACACUCACCUACCUCUUCAUCAGUGAAUACUCCCCCCGCUGGAUGUGGUGGUAUCACCUGGUCUGCUGGUUGCUGAGUUUAAUGGGUGUGGUCUUCAUCCUUGUAGCUCACGAGCACUACAGCGUGGACGUGGUGGUGGCGUAUUUCGUUACAUCACGCCUUUUCUACUGGUACCACACCAUGGCCAACAACCAGUCUCUAAGAGAUUCUCCUCAGAAUUAUCUCUCUCGUGUUUGGUGGAGGUACGUGUUUAACUUCCUGGAGAGGAACGUUCGCUCCGUGGUGCCCUGUGAGUUCUACUGGCCAUUCACUCUGCCCACCUCCUGCCUAACUAUGCCCUGCGACUCGUACUCCAAAGUGCAGAUGACCCGAGACGAGUGACUGACACACACACACACACACACACUGAAGACAGAACGUUACAGCUCAGGCUCUCACACGCAGCAGUAUUUUACAGACUGAGAGUGUAUGUACGUGUACCUAAGUGCACUAUAUGGUGAAGAAGAAAUUGUUUUAUGAAUUUGUGGCUCGGCCGCAUGCCAUUAGCAUCACUGCGGUGAAUGUGUUUACUGACAUUACUGAAGGAUUGUUUAUUUUUAUUAACACGUACUGUAUUUUACUUUAUUACAGUGUGAAUGUCUUUGCAAUAAUACUGUAUGUUUGUUCAAGUGUAAAGUUGUUUAUUUGGCCUGCUAUAUGACAGCGUAAUAUAAUAAACUAUUUUUAUAUAUACAUGUGAAUACAGACUCAGAUUUUGUCUAAAUGUCACACUGGGUUUUUUUUGAUGAUGAUGCAAAUAUUUUCCCCAACUAUGCAAACUAAUAAACAACAUCUCAAUGUAACAAUAAUACAUACAGCACGUGUUCAAUAUAAGUUAGUAUAAAGUAUACAGUACAUACUACACAUUAGACAAGACUACACUAUUCUACACUGCAAACAUUACACAAUAUUACACAGUAUACAGUGCUUCACUCCACAACACUGCACUUCAUACAAUACCACACUAUAGUACACAGUAAUACACAAUACUACAUUACUUAACACUAUCUAUCAGACAAUAUUACACUGCGUGUGUGUGUGUGUGUUUAUCUUGUUUAAAUCUGUGUCCAAAACCUGCUUAUUUUAUUGAGUGGAAUUUAGUUGAAAUUUGUUGUUAGUCUUCACCUCCCUACCACAUGGUGGGAGUU